UAUUCAUUCUACCCCAAGAGUUCCAACAUAGAGUUCUUCCACUCUCUUCUGCCGGCAAGAGUCACGGAAGCUCUGCAACAACAAUGGAGUUGACAACUAAACUUCACGGUAUCGAUCUUCGUUCCACCUUCCUAACCGGCACAGCCCUUUCUGACCUUCGUAAACCCUGUUUCCGGCCGCGUAUUCGCCCAAUUUCGACGCCCAUAAACAGUUGUUCCAGUAAACCCACAAAAAUAUCCCAAAAACAUCAUCCAAUUAGGUUAUCCGCCGUUGCUGUAGAUACCGAAACCAGUGCUAUUACUAGUGUAGAUGAAGACGAUAUAGAGAGUCUGUUUUCAAAAGACUCGGAAACGGUAAAUUAUAGACGAGGGAACAAACAAUCGGGAAGUGGCGCGUCGAGUAUAUCUUCUGGUGUUAGGUUAGAGAACAUAAGUAAAAGCUAUAAGGGUGUUACAGUGUUGAAAGAUGUGAGUUGGGAGGUGAAAAAAGGGGAGAAAGUAGGGUUAGUGGGUGUUAAUGGCGCUGGGAAAACUACCCAGUUGAGGAUUAUCUCCGGUAUGGAAGAACCCGAUUCAGGUAACGUUGUGAAGGCUAAACCCAAUAUGAGGAUAUCGUUUUUGAGCCAGGAAUUUGAGGUUUCAAUGACGAGGACAGUGAGGGAGGAGUUUUUGAAUGCGUUUAAGGAGGAAAUGGACAUUUCAAAUAGGUUAGAGAAGGUUCAAAAGGCUAUCGAAGGUUCUGUUGAUGAUUUGGAGUUAAUGGGGAGGCUUUUGGAUGAAUUUGAUCUUCUUCAGAGGAGAGCACAGGCUGUGAAUUUGGAUAUGGUCGAUGUAAAAAUUAACAAAUUGAUGCCUGAACUUGGGUUUUCAUUGGAGGAUUCAGAUCGGCUUGUUGCAUCUUAUAGCAGUGGUUGGCAGAUGAGAAUGUCACUUGGGAAAAUAUUGCUUCAGGAUCCUGAUCUAUUACUACUGGAUGAACCUACAAAUCAUCUUGAUUUGGACACAAUUGAGUGGCUUGAAGGUUAUCUUAACAAGCAAGAUGUUCCAAUGGUGAUCAUAUCUCAUGACAGAGCUUUUCUUGAUCAAUUAUGCACAAAAAUAGUGGAGACUGACAUGGGAGUUUCAAGAACAUUUAUUGGAAAUUACUCUGAUUAUAUAAUUAGUAAAGCAUCAUGGAUUGAAUCUCAGUUUACAGCUUGGGAAAAACAACAGAAGGAAAUCGAGCAUACAAGAGGCUUAAUUAGUAGGCUAAGUGCUGGAGCAAAUUCAGGGCGUGCAUCUACUGCUGAAAAGAAACUAGAGAAGCUUCAGGAGGAAGAACAAGUUGAUAAGCCAUUCAUCAGAAAACAAAUGAAGAUCAGAUUUCCAGAACGUGGAAGAAGUGGAAGAUCUGUUGUGACAAUAAAGAAUCUAGAAUUUAGCUAUGAAGACAAGGUUCUUUUUAAAAGAGCUAACAUAUCAAUCGAAAGGGGUGAGAAAAUUGCAAUAAUUGGGCCAAAUGGUUGUGGAAAGAGUACUCUACUUAAGUUAAUUAUGGGCUUACAAAAGCCCAAUAGUGGUGAAGUAAUUCUUGGUGAACACAACGUGCUUCCAAACUACUUUGAGCAAAAUCAGGCUGAGGCUCUUGAUUUAGGAAAAAGCGUGCUUGAUACAGUAGCAGAAGCUGCAGAAGACUGGAAAAUUGAUGAUAUAAAGGGACUCCUUGGACGUUGUAAUUUCAAGGCUGAUAUGCUAGAUAGGAAAGUCUCUCUGUUAAGUGGUGGUGAAAAGGCGCGACUUGCAUUUUGUAAGUUCAUGGUGAAGCCUUCCACACUACUUGUGCUAGAUGAGCCUACUAAUCACUUGGAUAUACCUUCCAAAGAAAUGCUUGAGGAAGCGAUAUCCGAGUAUGAGGGAACUGUGAUUACCGUAUCUCAUGAUCGAUACUUUAUAAAACAAAUAGUGAAUAGAGUUCUUGAAGUCAAAAAUGGAGAUCUACAAGACUAUAUGGGUGAUUAUGAUUAUUAUCUUGAGAAGAACAUUGAGGCAAGAGAAAAGGCACUAGAAAGAGAAGCUGAGAUAGAGGACAAGUCCCCUAAAGCAAAAGCCAAAUCCAAGAUGACAAAGGCGGAAAGAGAAGUUCGCAAGAAGCAAAAGAUGCAAUCGGUUCAACAGGCGAAACAGAAAUCAAAGGGAACGAAGAAUGCAAAAAGAUGGAACUAAAGAAAAGCUAAAAAAUUGAUUAUUGAUUUGUACAUAUAGUUUAUAAUAUCUAUAAUAUAGGAGGAAUAGAUUAUUGAUCUUAAUCUAGUUCUGAAUUCAGAAAACAGAAGACAAUGAAUAUCUCGCGAAAUUUUAUGAGCCGAUGGUGUUCUGUUUAUGAAUGAAACUUAUGUUCAUACUUUUA